AGACUAGUUCACUCGCCUUCCACUCUGUUCCUACGAGCAGACGCGCCUGCUUAUUAGUCUCCGUGUACGUUGCUCGUUCUUACUAGACGCUCGUGCGUCAAAAUCAUCGACUACUUCGUGGUCUUCGGGUUCGGCAGCGACUAAGACGUCCUCGUGCUCGUCGGCGCUGCGCUGCCAGGAGGAAGGGUGCUGGCGGAAAUUAUAAAAGAGUGUCCGAAACCUGGAGAACGGAUCAGUCGCUUCGAAGUCUUUCGUCUGGAGACUACAGUCCUGAUAUUUCAGCGAUAGUCGUCUUCGUCGGUCUUUAUUAAUUUGCUUGCUCAUCGCCAAGAAGAUGGUCGCCGUCGAGUGGGUCACGGAGGAGGAUGAGUACGUGCCACCUUUUUCCGAGGAAACGCAAAAAAUGGCCAAGGAAGAAUUGCGGGAGGAUAAGAAUACCAGGGAUCAGGCACUCGAGCAGAUAAGGAAUUGGAUCAAGAUGAAUCCACGUAUCGAGAAUUGUCGUCUUGAUGGACAAUUUCUCCUGAGAUUCUUGAGAUGCAAGAAGUUCAACGUGCCGAUGACGCAGGAAGCGAUCGAGCGGUACCUUUUGCUUCGUCAGGUUUACCAUCCUGCCUUCAAUCAUCUUGACAUCGCCGAACCGAAUAUGGACGAGUUACUUUCUUUGGGGUAUCUCUUUGCUGUUCCUGGAAGAGACAUCAAAGGACGUCGAGUGAUCGUCGCCAGACCCGGCGUGUUCGAUCCGUACAAGUAUACGAAUGCGGACAUGUGCAAGAUUCACGCGAUAACAUACGAAUCUUUGAUGGAGGACGAGGAAAGCCAGAUUCGCGGAUUCGUUCAUUUCGCUGAUGGCGCUGGGGUCAGUUUUCCGCACCUGACUCUCUUCACUCCCAAGGAGGCUGUGCGCAUUGUCAAAAACGGCGAGAGAACCAUCCCAAUGAGGCACAAGGAGGUGCAUGCUAUCAAUGCGCAUCCUUCUCUUAAAUUCGCUUUGGACUUUGGCAUGUCCUUGAUCUCUGAGAAGAUCAAGAAGCGAGUUAAAAUUUAUACAAGUUUAGAAGAUGCUGUCAAUAAUAAGAUGGACACGAGUCUUCUUCCAAAAGAGUACGGUGGUACAAUGCCUAUGAAGGAGAUGAUAGAACUCUGGAGAAAGGAAUUGAUUGACCUGAGACCUAAAUUGUUGAGCCAUGAUAAAAUGAAGGUGAGACUUGAACUGUAUUCGGAAAAGGCUCGGGAAGGUGCUGUGUCGGCUUUGAAGCAAGGACUAAACUGUUCGUCUUUGGGGUCCAGUGAUUCGAUACACGGUAUCAGUGGAUCCUUCAGGAAACUCGAGGUUGAUUGAUGAAGAUUCAUGGGACAAUCAUAAUCACGUAAACUUACUUAACUUUAAGAAUUCUUUGUUGCAAAAUUAGAUAUUUAAGGGAUAUAGCGGAAUGCCCAUCUUUGCCAAAAUUCGGCUACUUGGAGGAGUAGCCGGGAGCAAAAAGUUAUACGAAAAUCAUGAGACUCCUUUGAAUCGAAAAUCUGUAUAAAAUUGUUAACGAAAAAAGGAUGUUCAAUGUCGAUAUUCCUUUUCGUUAUGAUAUUACCAUUAUUCAUUGUAUCAAUUUCACUAGCUUUUAAUUUGCUCUCCUUAAGUUCUAAGUGUAUUUACGAGUCUCACUUGAUAAGCACUGACAUUUUUUAUCGGAGAGGAAUUUUAGUAUAAAUUUGUUAAACAUUGGCAUUUUAUAAAUAGUAUAAUGACAGUAGAUAAUAGAAGAGAUUUUUAUGAAAUAUAUAGAUUAAAGUGA